ACCCCACGUGUUGACUCCAUAUCUGAGUUACCCUCAAACCAAAUUGCUAGCGAGAAACGUUAUAACCAAAAUAAAAAAUAAAAAUUUUCCUGGUAGGAAAGAACAGCUUACACAAUAUUGCUAAGACACUCAUGGCUGUAGAACAGGGGGUUGAUGAGUACACGAAGGAUGGGACUGUGGAUCUUAAAGGGAACCCAGUCCUUAGAUCCAAGAGAGGUGGAUGGAAAGCUUGUCCCUUUAUUGUUGCGUAUGAAGUGUUUGAGCGUAUGUGUUAUCACUCUAUAUCAGCAAAUCUGAUUCUUUAUUUGACAAAGAAGCUCCAUCAGGGCACACUCACCGCAGCAAACAAUGUCACGAAUUGGAUAGGCACUGUCUGGUUAACUCCCAUCGUGGGCGCAUAUGUUGCCGAUGCCCAUCUAGGCCGUUAUUGGACGUUCAUGAUCGCAUCUGCAAUUUACCUAUUGGGGAUGUGCCUACUAACACUAGCAGUUUCAGUCCCUGGGCUAAAACCACCUCCCUGCGCCGAGGAUGUCAACCCGACCGACUGUAAGAAGGCCUCAACACUAGAGCUAGCUGUGUUUUAUACUGCACUCUACAUUUUAGGCAUUGGGACGGGCGGGACCAAGCCCAACAUCUCCACGAUUGGGGCGGACCAAUUCGAUGAUUUCAAGCCCAAAGAGAAGGCCCAAAAGCUUUCCUUCUUCAAUUGGUGGAUGUUUAGUAUCUUCACGGGGAUACUCUUUGGGAACACAUUUCUUGUGUACAUACAAGACAAUGUGGGAUGGUCUCUUGGCUAUGGGAUCCCAACUGUGGGGCUCACUUUUGCCAUAUUAGUCUUCAUACUUGGCACACCUUUCUACAGGCACAAGGUCCCCACAGGAAGUCCCUUCACGAGGAUGGCCAGGGUCAUAGUGGCUGCCCUGAGGAAGUGGAGGGUAUCCAUUCCUAAAGACCCUAAAGAACUCUAUGAACUUGACUUGGAAGAAUACACCAGCAGAGGGAAGUUUAGAAUUGAUUCCACAUCCACCCUCAGGUUCCUCAACAAAGCUUGUGUUGAAAAUGGUCCAACCAGUCCAUGGAUGCUCUGCACGGUGACUCAAGUCGAAGAAACCAAACAAAUGCUGCGAAUGAUAUCCAUCUUGUUCCCCGCAUUCAUCCCUUCAGUAAUGGUUGCUCAAACCCAUACCCUUUUCAUCAAGCAAGGCACCACUCUUGAUAGAAGCAUGGGUAACUUCAAAAUUCCCCCGGCUAGCUUAGGUGCUUUCGUGACAGUGUCCAUGCUUUUUAGUAUCAUUAUAUAUGACCGUGUCUUUGUCAAGGUCAUAAGAAGAUGGACAAAGAAUCCAAGAGGCAUCACUCUGCUUCAAAGAAUGGGAAUUGGUCUUGUACUCCAUAUCAUCAUUAUGAUAGUAGCGUCCCUAACUGAGAGAUACAGACUUGGUGUUGCCAAGGACCAUGACCUAGUAGGAAAAAAAGGACAAGUACCAUUAACCAUAUUCAUUUUGCUUCCUCAAUUCGUACUUAUGGGAGUAGCAGACGCGUGUUUUGAGGUAGCCAAGCUUGAGUUCUUCUAUGAUCAAGCACCCGAAGGCAUGAAGAGUCUUGGGACUUCUUAUGCUAUGACUAGUAAUGGAGUUGGGAAUUUCCUUAGCACAUUUCUUCUUUCCUUGAUUUCUGAUAUUACCAAGGCGCACGGUCACAAAGGAUGGAUUCUGAAUAACCUUAAUGCUUCUCAUCUUGAUUAUUAUUUCGCGUUCCUCGCCAUACUAAGCUUCUUGAAUUUCAUACUCUUCUUAGUAAUGACUAAGCUCUAUCAAUAUAAGGCUGAAGUUUCGGAUUCAAUGGAAGUACUUGGAGAAGAACUAAAGGGGUUGACUGAAUGAGCUACCAAGAAGAAAGGACCUUCUGAAGUCUUGGCUACACUUAAACUUUGUGUAACACAAUAUUUGUUUCCGGUGAUUGUUAAUGUAUUUUACUUUUAAUAUCCCAGCAAAUAACACAAGCACCAACUUAUUACUCCGAUAGGAUGGGAGUUUAAAAAGGAAGGCCGUGAAGUACAACUAGACUACAUCCUUCGGCGGUGAUUGUUGAUGGUUUCAUUCCAAAAAAUAUGGGCUUUUUAAUUUGAAGCACUAUGCUUUUAAUUUGGAUUAGCUUUAGACACCGUAUGGUUUGCACUUGACAGAAUGUGGAGGAAUGAAAUGGUGUUUUGUAAGGGCCUAAAAGAUGUUCAUAUCAUAAAAGUGAAGACAUUAUUUUGAAAAAUAUGUUUCUUGAAAAAAUCAUUGGGCGGCUGCAUGGAAUUGGAGUACUGAAAUUAAAAUUAGUGGAUUUUGAGAAAAACAAUUAAGAAAAUUGAACCAAAACUUUCUCAAAUUCCACCAUUUCAAACCCCAAAACUUCAAAAAAAAAAAAAAAAUCAGUUUCACCAGUUUUGACAUAUAGGUUGAAUUCUUUUUUGGUAGUUGUCAUGCUUAUGAUGUAACCAGGUACGGACUUGUAAGGGGACUAGGGGGGGACAAUGCCCCUCUCGAUUUUUUUUUUUUUUUUUUUUUUUUUUUUUUUUUUGUA